GAGCAGCAAUCACAGCAGCGCCAACACUCGCCCUCACGUAAACUCACCAGUAUCCUCGCAUCACACAAUUUGGCCAGUCGACGCAUUCUGUCCGACGGCGCGCUUGCCAACUGUCCACUUGACUGUUCAGCGUGGCUCAACCUCUCCCGUGGCUCCAUGGUUGUGAAAUGA